CUCCGCUCGUCCGCUACGUGUCUGCGCUAUCAAGCUACUGCUGGUCUACUACUCUCAGUCUUGCUCGCUGUAUGUGGCGGAGAGCUAUGCAUCUCGCUUCGCUAGUCGUUAGGAAACCUGAGGGAUGUCGACCAUAGUGACAUGGCAUACGCUUCUCUCUUCGGGCUGCUCUGUAUAAAUAACAGCGGGCCUCUCUGAUUCGCGCAAAACCCGACAUCGAAUCCUCUCCUUUUAGGCAGCGUCCGCCUGCACCUCCGUCCGCCUGGCAGGACACGAGCGUGACGAAGGCUAUUUUGACUUUUCUCUGACAGUUUAUAUCCGCGAGGACCCAAGUGCCCGCCGACGCUCUUUUGCAUCCUCCCCGCCCCCAUUCACCUCUUGCACUCCUAGUCCUAUACGACUGCAGAUGAUGGCAGGCAUCCUAUCCACCGGCCUCUCGCUCUUCGCGUGCCUCGGCCUGGCGCAGGCGGUCUUCAUACCCCAUUCAUAUACCCACGAUCCGCACGCGCACCGGUCGACGGUCGUGCCCAGGGCGUCCAGCGGGUGCGGCACCAAGCCCCGGUGGGCGUUCGACAACAGCGGGCACUUCACGGAGAACACGCUCAUAGCGGGCAACCAGCGGACGUAUCUGGUACACGUUCCUAACGACUUCAACAACGCGGUCCCUCGCCCGCUCGUACUAUCCUUCCACGGCGCGGACGGCACAUCGCAGCACCAGGAAGACGCGUCGCAGCUAUCUCUUCCCGGACAGACGAUCGCGGGGAGGAGCAUCGUUGCGGUAUAUCCCCAGGGCUUGCCAGGCGAUGGGCGAUCUGCUGCCUGGGACGCGGCGCCAUACGCCGAUCCGGACGCGCACGAUGUCGAAUUCACCAGUGCUAUGUUGGACGACCUGAUAAGCACCCUCUGCAUCGAUGUUACCAGGAUCUAUAUUUCCGGCAAGUCCAACGGCGGCGGUUUCACGAACCGCCUUGCCUGCACCCCCGAGAUCAACCGUCGUGUCGCAGCCUUCGGAAUGGCGUCAGGCGCCUACUACCCCGAAUCGCUAGUCGGAGACGAUUGCCAGCCCGGCCGGCCGAUCCCCAUCAUCCUCACGCACGGAGAUGGCGACACCACCGUCCCGUAUCACGGCAAGCCCAACAACGGUGAUAACACGGAGCCCGACAUCGACGACUUCGUCGAAGACUGGGCUGAGCGCAACGGUUACGGCUUUGUCCCUACCGCUCACUCGACGCCGCACGAUCAGACGAACCUCUGGACGUGGGGUCUGCCCAACUCCCCCGGCCAGGUCAAGCGGUACCGUGUCAAGGGUAUGGGUCACAUCUGGCCGACGACGGUCGUCGGUUCGGACAAGGAGGGGUUGUCGGCGCCGUUCAAUCUGACGCAACAGGAUCUUCUGCCGUUCUUCGAGCAGUACACGCUUUGAACGUGUGCUUCGCGAUGUUCUUUGUACGAGUACGGGCUGGGCGGGCUCACACUGUCAUUUCGGAUUGAAUCAACGGACUAUAGCACAUUCCUAUGUAUUGUUAGCAUAACGGUAGGGCAGUAUUUAUCACUAUCUGGGAUUCAUUGGCGGCGAUAGACAGUCGCCUUCGUCGGCACCGCGAAGUUGGGACUCGGAGGUCUAGACAAGAGAUAGAGGUGACUGAAUUGUAGUGCUGGCACUUCGUCACCGAUAACUCAUGGCUUUGCGCGUGCUGGGGUAUUCCGGAAUCGCGCUUCUCUGCAAGGACUCGGUCGCGAAGGGCUUGGCUUCGAAUAUAGAGGGCGAAAAGAAGAAGGGUAAAAGACGUACUUCACCAUCAGUCAUAGUCGACGAAAGGUCUCGCCUCAGA